CUCCUGGGGUGACGUCACACGAGUACAGGUGAGGAGCAACAGUCAGAAAGCUACCUGCAACUACUUAACAAUGCGGAAGUGAGUAUCUGUGAGGUGUUGUUCUGAUGUAUGGCCCAGAUGGACGACGGUCUCUCCGGAACAGUGGACACCGACAGUAGUGUGCGCCAAUGGAUAUGACUGGACUCUCUCCGCAGUAGUAACGAGUAAUCCGCCCUCAUCAUGUUCUGCAGAAAAGCCAAGGAGGACAUCGAGCUGUUUGACAGGGAUUUCCCUCAAAAAUCUCCCCUUCUGCCCGUGUUGGCCCCCCAGAAGAGCUAUGACUACGUGCUGGUGGGCCAUAAGGACGAGGAGGCAGAGGGGGACAAGGAGACCCAGAGGACCAUAAAGCAGAAGGCCUUCAUCGAGAUGCUGAGGAAGAAGAACAUCAAAGUGCUGGAAAUCCCCCAUGAUGACAAGUUGUUCUACGGCCUGCGGGCCCCCAACGAGGUGUUUGAGGACUACAAGUACCUGCUCAAGGUCUCUGACGCCUGCAACUGGAUCGAAGAACCCAAGGCGGUAGUCCCGCAGUCCACCCGGAUCCGGAUUGUUCACCACAUCCUGCAUCACACAUAUCUCGAUAAUGGAGCGGGUGGCAGGCAGACGGAGGACCUUCAUGAGCUGCUGAAGCAGCAUGUGUUUGAGACGUUCUUCUGUCUCCACGAGAAAAAGGCCCAGAAGGAACUGAGGACCAACUGGGCCCGGUGGUCCAGCCUGUUCAUCCGCCAGCCGUUCAGCGAAGUCAAGGCGUACUUCGGGGAGAAGGUGGCGCUGUACUACCUGUGGCUGGACUGGUACACCAAGCUGCUGGUCCCGGCUGCCGUGCUGGGGAUGCUGGUGUUCCUGUACGGCCUGGCCUUCUUCAACAGCAACCCGCUCAUUAAGGAGGUGUGUGAGUCUGACAUCAUUAUGUGCCCGCGCUGUGACAAGAGGUGCCCGGUUUGGAACCUGUCGGACACGUGUGCGUACGCCAAGGUCAGCCAUCUUUUUGACAAUGAGGCCACGGUGGCCUUCGCCAUGUCCAUGGCCAUAUGGGCCACCCUGUUCCUGGAGCUGUGGAAGAGGCAGCGGGCCAAACACGUGUCCAAGUGGAAGGUCUACGACUGGUGUGAGGAGGAGGAGGAGCUGAUCCUGGACAUCGUCAACGACCAGGACUGUAAACCCAAACACUUCAGGCACUCCUACCUCCGCAGCAUGCUGGUGUUGAUCCUCGUGACCCUGAUGCUGGUGGUGAUCAUCGGGAUCGCCCAUGCCAUCGUGGUCUUCCGCGUGGUGGCGGCCCCGCUGCUGUCGGAGGGCAGCUGGGAGUUCAUCCGGGACCACGCCAACACGGUGGCCGUGCUGCUGGGGGCCGUACUGCACUACCUCACCAUCCAGAUCAUGACCCGGGUCAACCGAUGGGUGGCCCUCAAGCUGUGUGACCUAGAGAAAACGCGCUCGUCUACGGCCACGGAGAGGAGCUUCACCGUGAAGAUGUUCACCUUCCAGUUCUUCACGCUGUUCUCCUCCCUGUUCUACGUGGCCUUCUUCAUGGGCAGGAUCAACGGGUACCCGGGGAGCUACGUCCGUGUGGCCGGGCGCUGGAGGCUGGAGGAGUGCCACCCCAGUGGGUGUCUGACGGACCUCUUCAUCCAGAUGGCCGUCGUCAUGGUGCUCAAGCAGACGCUCAACAACGUCUUUGAAUUCAUUGUGCCCUGGUGUAAGCAGUUCUUCCUGAGGAGGAAGGCAAAGAGGAUGGAGAGGAAGUGCGGGCACUGCUACAGGAAGACGUGUCGCGACGAGAGCGGCUGCGUGGAGCCGUGUGACGUCUGCAAGCUACGGAACUGGCUGCUCAACUACCACCUGGCCGACACAAACGCCUUCAGCCUCUUCAACGAGUUCCUGGAGAUGGUGGUCCAGUUUAGCUUCACCACCAUCUUUGUGGCGGCCUUCCCCCUCGCUCCCCUCCUCGCUCUCCUCAACAACAUCUUUGAGAUCCGUCUGGACGCCAUCAAGAUGAUCAGCCUCGAGCGCCGGCUGGUCCCCAAGAAAACCAACGACAUCGGUAUCUGGACCAACGUGCUGGAGGCCAUUGGGGUGCUGGCGGUGAUCGCCAACGGCCUGGUCAUCGGGAUCUCCUCCGACUUCAUCCCCCGCCUGCUGUACCGCUACUACUACGGGCCCUGUGCUGUCAGCGGGGUCUACACAAACUGCAUGAAGGGCUACAUCAGGAACACGCUGUCCACGGCCAACCUCAACGAGACGUUGGUCCGGAAGGACUUCAUCACCGCCCAGCUGAUGACCGACGGCCUCAACGUCACGCAGUGCAGCUAUAGGGACUACAGGCACCAUGAAGACUACACUCUGACCUCCCAGUUCUGGCUCAUACUGGCUGUGCGCUUUGCCUUCAUCAUCCUCUUCGAGCACGUGCUGGUGGUGUGUAAGUUCAUCGCUGCCUGGUUCGUACCCAACAACCCGCUGCAGGUGAAGAACCAGCGACUGUUGGACAAGCAGAAGAGGCUGAAGGAGGAGCUCCGCCAGAGGAGAAGCAGAACCACAGCAGGUGUAAAUACCCCCCGUUCACAGACGUCCUCACAGUGGGGUCCCGUUGCUGAGCCAGAGGAACUGAUUUGGUGAAGCUGGUUGUCAGGUAUUCGUUUCUUUCCGCUCCUAACCAGACGUCUUGGAUGUGGAUGUUGAUGCUCUGAGCCUGCAGCCUAGGGACCAAUUAUUUUAAAGACUUAAAGCCAAAGCUUCACGACGUCUUCACACGCUCCUCAGACUUGUCGCCUGGUGGCCAAUGAUUCACACACUCCGUCAGGCUCCAUCUACGGCCAACCUCUGAACGUGGAUCCUAACCGCUCUACCCAAUGGCACUCGGUGACGAGCUGUCUGGAAGGUAGAGCAAACGCUGUUCUGAACAUCUCUGGUUCUGUGUUGCUGGAGACCUCUGGACGGGAUCUUUAACACACUCUUCUACGGGACCAGAGAGCGACAGCAUACACAUUUAUCCCCUUGUUUAUUUUUAAAAAGUGUAAAUUAGGUGAGCCACGUUUAUCUUUACUAAGUACUGAAAUCCAAACCAAUAGACUGGGCAUUCUCUCCUCGUAUCUCUUCUGUUUUCUUACUUUCAUAGUAUUUAUACGAUGUGAACCGGCUGUGUUGUCCUUGAUGGACGGCUGUGUCUAAAUGCCAUACUGUCAGAUUUGGCAGUGUUUUUUCUCGCAGAGUGUUGAUUCGCCGAGUGUUUUUAAAAUAUGUCAUUGUUGUGUUGUACGAGAGCGAAUAUAAUUCGGACAUUUGUAGUCAUUUGAUUUCAGCGUUUUUUGUUCCGUUUGUUUUUUCUAAAGCACUGCCAGCGUUUGACAUGUUUUACUGCUCCAGUUUAGAUUAAACUCCUGCCAGCACA